GUUUGUAUUAGUUUGUAAAAUUUAUCAUGGUAUCAAGCGUGGUUGAGAUCCUGAGAUCUCUGCAAAGGUGACACACGAUUCACGAUCUCCACAUAACAAAAGGCACUCGGUGCUCUUCCUCCCAAUGGUGUGCCCAGGAAACAAAAGUGGGGAAAGAAGGGGAGACCAGCGUGUUUCAGCAGUGCAUUUUGGAUUACAUGGAGAAGUAUCAAAUGAACCUGAAAUAUUAAUAAAUAAGCAAUGGAGCGAUUAUGUUGAUCUUAUAAAUAAUUGUAAGGUGCAAUCUAUUUCUGAAAACCUUACAGGUAUGAAUUUUUCAACCGACUGGAUACUCGACUCGGGAGCGUCUUUCCAUAUGACGGGACCUAUCUGCGAGGACACUGAUUGGAGUGGGCAAACAACAUGGGGGAGUGUAUUAUUUUCACAGUGUUGAUCCAAUUUUGGUAUGUGCCGUAAAGACGGUAGACUCUCCUGAACUAUGGCACAUGAGAUUGGGACACCCUUCAGCAAGAGUAAUGAAAGAUAUUGGUAUUUUGGAUAAAAAUAUCUCAUGCAUAAGCUCAUCUCAUUUUUGUGAUGUUUGUGUAAGAGCGAAACAGACUCAAGAUGUUUUUGAACUCAAUUCUGGACGUGCUUUUGGCUUAUUUGACA